AGGGAUGUCACAGAGGCGGCGACAUCACAGACGCUGGCGUCCCCACCAUCUCCACCGCCCCCACAGCCCCCAACCAAAGAGCGCGCUGGAGGCGGAGGGGCAGCAGCCACCAGCCCGCUCCCCGCCUCCCCGACAGAGCCUCGGUCAGCAUGGGGGUGACAGGUGCCAAUGGAUUCCCCUGCUGUGGCAAGGAGUCAGUGGACAUUAUGGAGACACAGGGUGACUUAAACCAACACCAGUUCCAGCCACCGCUACAAGAGGAAGAUGAGCUGGAGCUGGAAAAAGAAUUGCUAGAGCUGGAGCCUGGCCACGAAGCCGACCUGGACCUGGACCCAGAACUAGAGCUGGAGAUGGAACCAGAGCCCGAGGCAUUGCUGCAGUCGGCGCUGUGCCCGGUACCCAUGCUCAAGCCUGAGGCCGAGCUGGACGUGAGGCCCAACUUGGAGUCCCACAGUGAAGACCCUAGGCAACAGGGGUACAGGAUAGAGUCCCUCCACCCAUACACGGAGGGGCUAACGCAGCAGGACAUCAGCCGGUGGAGUUUGAGGUCAGACUUCAGCUACCCGAGCUCCACAGAGGAGGACGAGGUGUGCACCGACCAACGCUCCAUCUGCGUGCAGACCUCCAAGCACCUCUUCUGGGCAGACAAGGUCAUCCAGGCCUCAGAAAACAGCCUGCAACGGGCAUUCAGCAUGCAGCCUAGCAAGAGGAGCACAGAUGAGACCACCAGCCGCUGGAACCAGGAGUCGGUCCCCAAGGACACCCUGUGCUCCAAGAAGCAGCUCCAGAACCCCAGCACCCAGCCAGCUCUUCCAGCCGUGGGCUCCCAGCAGCCGCCAAGCCCCGGCCUGUCCUCCUCCAGUCUCCCGUCCGCCCUUGGCCUGGCAGAGCUGAUCAACUUCGCAUCUUCCCUGGCCUUGGCCUCCUCCAGCAAGAUAGACUUGCCCAACUUGGAGCACAUGAUCAAAGCUCCACCCCAGAAGGCCGUGGAGCCUUCCACAGAGCCCGCCGUGGGUCAUGCCGCCCAACUGACCAUGCACAAGCCAGAGGGGGAAGCGCUCACCAAGGAGCUGCUGGAGAAACCACCUGAAGCCAGGGAACCCCAGAAAGCUUCGAAGCAGGAAGGCAAGAACUUCCCUCACCCUUACUUUGACUUCAGCAAGCCAGGGGUCAAGAGGGCCACCAUCGAAGGGGAAGUGAAUCUUCUCCAGCACCCAGCCAUGUCCCCUACAUCGCAAGAAGCUGUGAAAGACUCAGUGCCGGGAACCAAGAAAGGGAGUCCAUUAUUGCUGAAAAUCCAUUUUAAGCUGUCGUCCCCCACUUCCCCAGAGAAAUGACUAGACAAAACCAGUAAAGCCUCCAGUGCUGGCC